AUUCUCACGACUGGAAUGUAUCGUAUUUGGGAACUCCUGGUUGUGGCCAGUAUAUUUCAAGCUGGCAGAUGUACUGUUGUGAAUAAUUUCGACGGUCAUUUGCAAUUCGAGUGUCCACACGAGAACCAGUUUAUCUCCCAUAUCACGAGCGUGCACGACAAUCAUAGGGAAGAUCGAGUCUUCGACAUGAGUUGUGCAGAUUUUCCAAUUGACGUUGAUGGUCUAUUGACGUCUUGUACUUGGACAGAGUAUGUUAACGACUGGGACGGGCUUUUAGCUUUUGAAUGUAAUGACAACAUGUACAUAAAUGGUUUGCAAAGUGAUCACGACAAUCACAGUGAAGACAGAAGAUGGAAAGUAAAAUGUUGUGAAAUGCACGAAAUACAUCUAGCUGAUUGGACCGCAUUUACAAGUUUGAGACAUGUAAAGUCUAUCGCAACGAGGGAACCGCUCUUAUCGGCUGAGAAGGAAACAGAGAAAAAUAUCAAGGAUCGUCUUCACGUCGAGCAGAAUAAUUCAUCUGAAAUGCAUCUUAUUUGGGAACUUGUAAUUGUGGCCAGUAUCAUACACACUGGGAGCUGCACUAUUGUCAACAGUUUAGACCGGCCGUUACAAUAUGAAUGUCGUUAUGAGAACCAGUUCAUCGCCCAGAUAACCAGUGUACACCACAAUCGCCAAGAAGAUCGUGUCUUCGACAUGAGUUGCCGAGAUUUUCCAUGUGAUGUUUCUGACUUAACACCCACUUGUACUUGGACAGAGUAUAUUAACGACUGGGACGAACCCAUUGUAUAUCAAUGCUCUGGCAAUAGGUACAUCGGUGGUUUUCAAAGUUACCACAGCAAUCGCCAAGAAGACAGGAGGUGGAAAGUGAAAUGUUGUGGCAUGCCUGGUGUUCAGCUGUCUAAUUGUCAUUAUACUUCAUGGACCAAUAACUACGAUGGUCAACAAUACUUCAAUGCCGGAACUAGCCGAGUUACGAAAGGCUUGGUCUCGAUUCAUAGCAACCGUCGCGAGGAUCGUAUUUACAAGUACAUGACGUGUCAAGCUUCUCGCAACUAAGGAUUGGUUCUGGUUGGCAGAGGCACCAGAAUUACUGUGUAUUGAAUAUUGUAUUUGACUUGUUAUGAAUAAAGUUGUUAAAAUGUU